AGAGGAAGUAUAUUAAUUACUACUGUAAGAAUUUCAGAAAUAUUAAAUUGAUUUUAUAAUGAAGUAUUUCAACAUAGAAACUAAUCUUUAGUUGGACCUUUUCCUUUGCAUACAACCAAGCAUAUUUGGUAAAGGGUGGUGUUACAUCUCUGUGCUGCAAAUAUAAUUUACUCAGCGCGAUUAUGUCAAAUCUGGGAGAAUCUUAUGAAAUAAGUAAGGUUGCAGACUACCUGCUAACUUUAAAGAGAAAAAACGAAAAUGACGAGGAUCUAGAUACUGCUAUAAAGGCACACAACUAUUUCAUGGAAUCUUUCCGGAGCUAUAAAGCAUUUUAUGAACUCCAUCAAAGUUCAGAUUUAGAGACACAUCAAGGUCAACUAGAACGUCAAGGUUCAAAGGAUGCCCCAAAUGUUCAAAACAAACUAAAGAAACAGAUUGAAGACCUGAAGUUCGAAAAAGAGACCAUGCGGAAACAUAUUGACGAACUUAAAACUAGAUUGAGCACAUUCACUGGUCGCAAAAUGGUAGAAGGUAAUCCAGAUAUUGCGGUUUUAAGUGAUCCAUUUAGACCAACACAGCUGGCAGAACAGUUCAGAGAGAUUUAUGAUGAAGAAUGGACACAUGCCUUUGAAGAAUUGGAUAUGGUAUCACACGACGAAGGCAAAAUCAUAGACGUAAUCACUGGUCUCAUAAAGGAAAUCGAGAAGUUGUGUUCAUACACCAGCACACAACAAAUCUUGGCGAUGGAAAAGUCAUGUACAGAAGAAAUAGUUAAUCCAAAAGUUGCUAUUCAAAAGCAUCAAGGCAGCUUGAAGGGAAAGACGCCGUCAGAAAUGAACAGCUCCCAGAAGGAUACUACAAACAAAAUGAUUCAUGAUCUAAGAAAGUCAAUGGGAGCACUGUCCGUCAGACCACUGAUUCAGAUAUUUGAGGAGAAGUGGAUGAAACCAAUGAGGCAGGAUAAGAAAUUGCCAUCCACUUCAAAGGACACUGACAAAUUUGUGGAAAAAGCAUUUGGGAUUAUCUGGCUGAUGAAAAUUCAAAAUCCACAUAUGGAGUUUAAAUGGCAAAGGAGAGAUGAAACAAUCGACAGAGAGAGGUUCAUUUUUUAUACAAAGAGAGGGGACAAAGUUGGUCAAACUGUAUGGCCAGCUGUCCUACUCCAUGAAGAUGGGCCGCUAAUGUCGAAGGGUCUUGUGCAAGCUAAAUAAAAUGUUCGUUUCUUGCAAAAGUACCUUGAAAAGUAAAAUAUAUAAUCAUGAGAAGUUUAUGCAUAUAUCCUACUCUGAAGAAAACAUAUACCAAAUUAACGUUGAAAUGUGCUACGAAACUAUUUAAUCACCAUACGCAACACUUAAUACAGAACGUUGUAGCAGUGAAUAUCAAAUGAAUUUUCAAUUUUAUAUUUCACUCACCAUGAGUAAGGGAUAUGUUCUUAUAGUGAUUUUAGAAAUAUUCAGCGUAUGUUGUGCAGACCACAUUGUAAACUCGUGACACUGGAUUUAGGUUUAGAUUUUACAUUUUCACUUGUUUCUGUGAAAGUUUUUUGAUGUCACAAUGACACAAAACUAAUUUACUCUAUCUAUUGUUUUGUUUAUAAAAAUUAUAUGACAACAUUGUAUACAUAAUAAUAAAGUUUUAUUGAUGUGCA